AGUAGAGGAGAUAUUUCAGAAGAAAAAAAGAUGAGUGGAAUAUCGCAAGACUGGGAGCCGGUAGUAAUCAGGAAGAAGGCGCCUACCUCCGCCGCUCGCAAGGAUGAGAAAGCCGUUAACGCCGCCCGUCGCUCCGGCGCCGAGAUCGAAACCGUUAAGAAGUCUAAUGCAGGCUCAAACAGGGCUGCCUCUAGUAGUACAUCAUUGAACACUAGGAAACUUGAUGAAGACACUGAGAAUUUGUCUCAUGAAAAGGUACCAACUGAACUGAAGAAAGCUAUCAUGCAAGCACGACAAGACAAGAAGCUGACUCAGUCUCAACUUGCUCAAUUGAUAAAUGAGAAGCCACAGAUUAUCCAAGAAUAUGAGUCGGGAAAGGCAAUUCCAAACCAACAGAUAAUCUCAAAACUGGAGAGAGCUCUUGGAGCAAAACUUCGAGGAAAGAAAUAAAGUGUGAGCGCACAAGUGAGCCUUAUGGAUCGUCUCUGUCUGUUUGAAUCCAAAAUUUGGUCAUGUACACAAACUUUUCUGUAAUCAUCGCUAUGUUUUGCUUAUCGUUAUGCCUGGAUUCACUACUGUUUUCUUUGUUGACUUGGCUGUUUCUUCUGUGGAAAUUUUGAAGUUACUCUUUUACGGGACUUUUUUU